AAGAAGCUUUUUCCACGAUUACUUAACUAAAUCUAGACCAUGAGGUUUGGAAGUUUAUUAUUUGCCUUUAUCCUGAUUGGUUUACAUCAGAUGGCCGAAGGUACAAGUUACGGUCCUCCAGUUUCUGCUUGCUCCAGUAUGCUUCCUUCUGGCCACCCAGUGAAUGGCGAAACUAACCUUGGUUUUAAUAUUUCUGCUAACCAAACAUCUUUCUCAGCAGGACAAGUGAUUGAAAUCACUGUCUCUGGAGAGACUAGCUUUAAAGGACUCUUCAUCCAAGUGAGAAGAGCAUCACUUUCAAAUAAUGCUUACGGUUCUUUUAUUAAUCCGGUGCCAUCCGGCUUUAAGUUAAUGGUGUGUCCCAACCAACCGUCAAGUUCGGACAAAGGUGCCGUUGGUCAUUCCAAUCCUAAUCCAAAGGGGAAUUCAGCAACUUUCUUGUGGAGAGCACCCAUGGGCUCGUGUGAUGGCGACGGUGCCGAUUAUGAAAUGCGGGCGACGGUGGUGACUACCUACGCCACGUACGAAACUGGAAUAACAAGAGGGAUUGUUUGUGAUCCUAAUAUGGGAGGAGAAGAUGAAGGGAGUGACAACAACGAUAAUGAUGAUGUUUGCAUCAAUAGCAGCGAUGUUACUGUUAUAUUUGAAAAAUACAAUACAAGCUUUGAAAGUGGGUUUGAUGGAUGGAUAAGCAACGGCUUUACCCGCCACGCUGGGAUAACUCCAUCAACUAUUACUGGACCAUCAUCUGCAUAUGACGGAAAUUAUUACGCCUACUUCGAGACUAGCCAUCCCGCUCAACCAGGAGACGUAGCAAACUUAACAAGCACGAAUGACCUGGCUGGCUGCUUCUGCCUAACCUUUUACCACCAACAUGCUGUUAAAGAGAACACGGGUCAUUUGUUCCGCGUGCUUGUGAAUGAAGAAAUAGCAUUAGAAAUUGAGGGGACCGACAACAUGUGGCAUCCUUACCAAGUACAAGUUGACCAGCCCGGUCCAGUAGUGAUACGUUUUACGGCCACCAGAGGAACCAACUGGCAGGGCGACACAGCACUCGACCUUAUCAGUAUUUAUCAAGGCCUUUGCACGUAAGAAACACGACGACGGUAAACGGAUUGUGUCAGCGUUUUAUAAACCGCAAAUUUCGGUGUACAUAUGUUUUUCAUAUAAUCAAAUAAUACAGCAUUAUUACCAUA